AAUGUGUAUAUGAAAUUGUGUAUAUGUACAGCAUUAAGCUUUUCAGGACCAAAGCUGCAGAGAUAAUCCAUAUGAGACCUCAUCCCUCCUCUCUGGCAUACACAGAUCACUGCUGAUCACGCUUUACACACAUACACAUGCUCGCACAGGAAGGACUAAACUGAACAAUAUAGAAAUAAAAAAGAUAUUCACAAAUCCAAGAAGCCCAGGAUCCCAACUAAGGUUUUCAUCAUGAGUCUUAAACAAGCCUGCAUCUUUCUCAGAGGAGGAACCAGGAGACAUACAAGAGCUCUGACACAAGAUGAGAUUGAAGAGUUGCGUGAAGCUUUUGUAGAGUUUGAUAAAGACAAGGAUGGUUUAAUAAGCUGUAAAGACUUGGGGAACCUGAUGAGGACCAUGGGUUACAUGCCGACUGAAAUGGAGCUCAUAGAACUGAGCCAGAACAUCAACAUGAACUUGGGAGGACGGGUGGACUUUGAAGAUUUUGUGGAACUAAUGACCCCCAAACUUCUGGCUGAAACAGCAGGGAUGAUUGGGUUGAAGGAACUUAAAGAUGCAUUUAAAGAGUUUGAUAUAGACGGUGAUGGUUCUAUCACAUCUGAUGAGCUGAGACAUGCCAUGAUAAAGUUAUUAGGAGAACAAACCAGCAAAAAUGAAAUUGAGGCAGUGGUCCGAGAAGCUGACAACAACGGGGAUGGAACAGUUGACUUUGAGGAGUUUGUUAAAAUGAUGUCGCAGAAAUGAGGACAACAGAAUGAAUGGGUGACUGUGACUGGAGAGCAUUUUUUUAUUGAAUUGUAUGCUGAUGAUAGCCUACUUCUUAUGACUAAUUUUACCUUUUCUUCUUGUUGUUUAAUUAGCAUCUGCUUCAGACACACUUGUGUGGAGCUCCUUAGUUUCAAGUAAAAAACGUUUGUUCUUUUUGUUAAGAUUGAUGAUAUGAAAUCAUUACAAUUUAAAUGGUAGCUCUAAACUGCCAAAUGUUCAGUUGAGCAAAUAUGAAAGGUUUGUUGUUGAAUCCCCCAGACCUGUCCCACAGGGCAGUGAGUGUACACAUCAUUGUUGACUGUUCAAAGAGGAAGAACAAAUAAAUAUCUGAAAUUAGAGGUGUCUGUGAUAUUUGCAUGUCAGCAGAAGUUGAAGCACAUUUUGGAAAUUUGGAGAUGAUGAGUGUGCUGCAUUGUGGGUUGGCCUUGGAGAACUAAAGCAAAAGCAAAUGGUAAAAAUGUGUUGUUCUUUUGAUGGACUGAACAUCUGGAUUACAUUUGGAACAGGGAACUACUAAACAUGCUAUAAUGUUACAUGUUGGAAGUAUGUGUGUGUGUGUGUGUGUGUGUGUGUGUGUGUGUGAUAUGAGUAUCUUUUACUGGACAUUGCCCUCUUUCUUCCCUCCAUAAAUACAAGUAGUUAUAUAUAUAUAUAUAAAUAUAUAUAUAUAUAGAAUAUAGACUAACACCUGGAUGAUCGAAGACUUAGCACUGUUAGUCUAGUUAACUGGCACAGUGAUAUAUGUCUGAGCACAGAAAUAAAUUACUUUGGGUAAACUACACAACCCUCUCCAUAUCUGCUCCCUAUUUUAAGACUGGACAUUGUCUCAAAGGUGCUGGGAUCUGGGAUCUUGAAUGACCCUUAUAUGGAUGUAAAAAAAAAAAAAAACAUAAUUCUUUUUUCUUUACUGGUCUGUGGGAUAUGAAGCUCAUGCCAAGUUCCUAUGGGAUGGAUGGUAAGGACUCAUGUUUAUGACUUACAAGUAUAUUGACAACUCAAGACUGUUGUAUGAUAACAUAGUUGAUCAUGUAAGGAUUUAAGAAUACUGUGGUUUGACAAUAGCACUAUAUUCAUUAAACUUUGGUUUAAUUAUAUUGAAGAACAGACUUUGGCUGACAUGAGGUGUCCACCUGUCAGGAACUUCCAUAUUACUAAGCACUAAGUCAGAUAUUUUGGAGCUUCCCAGUCGUAAUUACAACUAAGAUGUUGACAUGAACACUAAUUAAAAGUCGGACACUCAUAAAUAUAAUAACCAGUAGAAUGGCAGGACUCUACAAGGACACAGGUGUGGGCUGAGGACAAGCCAAUGAGUGGUCUGCUUCUCUUUAUAAGUUACAGUUGAGCAAACCCCACCCAUCUUAACUCCACUGGGGGAAAAAAUAAUAAGGAAGAUGAACCCAUAGCAUUUAUCGAACAUAGAUAAUGAUGUGUGGAUGACCUGGGAGAGAAAAUGAACUGUGUGCAUGCUUCUUCCUGAGGAUGAUCAGUUGAUAUUUUCCCAUUUUAGUAUUUUGAUUGUGGACAGUGACAACAGAUCUUCCUCAGUGUAGCUCUUCACCUACUGUAAGGAGUGUCUGCAACAAAUAAGAGGACAUUAUCAAUCAGCUGAGAAUGUUCAGCACUGACCUCCCAAAAGUAAUGGUUGACUCUGACACAGUCCCUUUGAUGUGACUGCAGCCUUGACCCUGGCAUAAAAACCAUCUGUCCUCCCAGUGGCACCUGGAGAACAGGAUCUCAGCAGGCCCAAGUGUCCUCUGCUGCCACUUCUUCACCUCCCAGGCCUCUGUCCCAACAGGGUGUAAAGGCAGUCCACCAUCUGCUUGAACUUUCUUCAAUAGUGUAUUCAUAAAUGUGUUUGCUGGAAGUUUUUUGUAUGAUCAUACUUAGAUAAAAAUGAAAUGCAAGUUAUUUCUCAGAUGUUUGUUAGUUGUCCUUUUUUUCAUUGUAAAUUACAUGUAAUGUCUAACCCUUAUCCUCCGCCUCCACUUGUUGCAGCAGGGGUGACAAAUAGGUCUGAUAAUAAAUUGUUUAUUUGUGAUCAAGAAGCUUGAUCUUGCAAAGAGACAUUUUGCUCAGGGCUUAUGAAGUCAUUAAACUAUGGUAUGUAAAUGUUAAAUCAAAAUAUUAAAGGUAUGAGUACUAA